AUGGCCAUCGACAUCAUGGCAGAGGUACCCAGCAUCUCUGGCGCACCCUCGGCCUUGCAACCUGGGAAGGUCGACGACGCUGCGAUCUUGAGGUGCAUAGAUAAGCUCCAAGCAUGGGAUGCUUCCAGAUUCGAGGUCCUGGCGACGCUGCAAAGUUGUCCGCGAAAUGCCGGGCAAGUACGACUAGUGCAGGAUCGGUCAACAGGGCGGCGGCUGGCAGUUAAAAGAAUGCCACUGUCCUGGACCUGCGAGGAUGCAGAGUCUUUUUCCGUGGCGCACCCCACCGAGACGGAGGUGCCCUGGAUGGACAUGGCUGCCACAAGGUGGCUGAACAUCGUCGGCUUCCAGCAUUGUGUUGAGUUCGGGGGUGUGUUUCUCGACAACGACUACGUUUCUUUCGUCAUGGGUCUGGCGGAGGGUGGUGACCUCUUCACCUUUGUAGAUGCAAUGGGCCUGCCAGAACCCGGCCCUGUCCUUGAAGAAGCGCUGCGGCCAAUAGCUGUCGAAUUCCUUAGUGCCGUGAGUCGGCUUCAUGGGCUUGGCCUGGCUCAUCGAGACCUUUCGCUGGAGAACGUCUUGUUAGCCAAUGCGAAGGGUGGGCCUAUAUACUUGAUCGACUACAGCAUGGCAACUACACAGAGAUUCCACACAGGACCAGCCUGCGGCAAAGCUUCGUACAUUGCGCCAGAGAUGCAUCUGGGCGACGGUUACGACGCUUUUCAGGCUGACGCGUUCUCCUGUGGGGUCAUCCUCUACGCCUUGUUUGCCAAGGACUACCCUUGGAUAUCAACCAGGGCAGGUGCGUGCAAGUGCUUUGAGUACGUGCGCAAGAAUGGCUUUUUAAGAUUCAUGGCAAAGCGACGUAUCAUCGUUGGCGACGAGAAAAAACCAGUCGACAAGGUGAUGUCGAAGCCCUUUGCACAGCUUCUGGAUGGACUGUUGCGAUUCUCGCCCGAGGAGCGUGUGCACGAGGCAUUCUUUUUGGACAAUGGCUUCUCAGCUAACACAUGCGGUGAAUGCCUAGCGAGAAUUGCAGUUUCCUCCUUGGCAGAACGGGUCCUGGUCGGCCCUCCCAAGGGCCUAGACCCCACAAGCGGCAACUGCGUAGCAGUUUGCCCACUGGGAUACUUCUCAUCCGGUAGCGGCAAGUCGGACAGGAUAUGCCAACCCUGCAGUUCGAAUUGUAACAAAUGCCUCCAUGGAAGCGAGUGCUUGGAAUGCAAGACUUCCAUGUACCUCUCGAACAAGACGUGCCAGCCGAGCUGCCCCACGGGCUUUUACAAGCAUGGAGCUAGUGAUGUGGGCAGGACUUGCCUGCCCUGCUCCAGGAAUUGCAAGCAAUGCCCAGACUGGUUUACAUGUGAUGAGUGUGAACCUUCUGCAUACCUUACAAACACUGCCAGCUGCGUCACAGCUUGCCCUGAUGGAUUUUACGCAGAUGGCAAUGGCCUUGUUGGUGGAGUCUGCCGUGCUUGCGAUGCAACAUGCAGAAAGUGCAGCGGGCCGAUCGCGUGCAGUGAAUGUGCAGGAUCACGAUACCUCACGCCCUUCUUCCAAUGUGAGGCGAAUUGUCCUGUGGGCACGUAUACACACGGUCAGGGUCCAGUGGGUCGUCAAUGCCUCCCUUGCCCUCCGGGCUGUUCAGCGUGCACAAGUGCUUUGAACUGCCUGGAGUGCGUGGAGGACUUCUACCUUGCUCCUGACCAGAUGUGCACACAGUCCUGCCCAGAUGGAUUUUAUGGAACGGACAGCCGCGCAUCCAUCUGCACGUCCGCCUUCUCCAAACGCUUUAACCUGGAUUCCUUCUCGGUACCUGCCAGGGGCAUGUCGGAGAUUGUGUUGGUUGCUGAUGAGCCGCCAGAGAGUUGCUGCGCUGCCUGCGUAGCCGCUGAGGGCUGCGGAGGAUUUGAGGUGAUUGAUGGCAAUUGCCACAUGAAGGGCGACUUGGGAAAGCUGACCAGGUCUGGAAGCCGUACAUACUUCGAGAAGCUGCCUAGAACGCAUCCAGUUUUCUCUGGCGCGACGCGCUACUGCACGCCGUGCCCAAGCCAUUGUAGCUCGUGCACAAUGGAUGGUCAGUGCACCGAAUGUAUGGCCUCACAAAGCCUGAGCUUCCUAGCGCGAUGUGAUCAGGAGUGCCCUGCAGGCUACUACAAGAAUGGGACUGAUGAAGUGGGGAAUCUUUGCCAAGAGUGCAUCGCUGCUUGCAGCCAGUGCGAGAGCGAGACCGUUUGCACUGAGUGCCGCGAGUUCAAAUUCCUCACGCCAAACAGCACCUGCGAGGCCGCUUGCCCCGACGGAUUCUUUCCAAAUGGUACGGAUGAGAUUGGAGGCAUUUGUUCAAGGUGCAAGGAGGGAUGCACGAAAUGUACGUCGUAUGAAGUGUGCACGGAGUGUGGGCCGCUCCACUACCUCACGCCUGACCACAAAUGCAGCAAGACCUGCCCGGAUGGUUACUAUGCAGACGGCGAGCCUUCGUCAGUCGGAGGCAAUUGCACGGAGUGCGUACCGCCCUGCAGAUUGUGCAGAUCCGCAGAGAGGUGUGUACAAUGCGCAAACUUCAGCUUCUUGACGCGGAAUUUCACCUGCGAAGAGGAAUGCCCCGACGGUUUCUUCUCGAACUACCCCAACCAGGAUGUGGAGCAAGCGAUCGGACGUACGUGUCUGGCUUGUAGAUUUAACGAGGGCAGCUGCAAGAAUGCCCUGGACAGCGUGGCCAAGCGCUGGGUGGCAUCAUUGCUGCAAGAUGCGAAUGAUACGUCCUUCGCUCAGUCUGCUCUUGUGACUGAGUCUUCUCUUGUCAAUGCUAUUGACGGCAGAACGGAUGGGACAUGUGGGCCACUUAGGUCUGAGGUGGAGUUCACAGUCCUGGCAAACGAGUGCAGGAACGGGAAGUAUCUCACUCCAGAGAGAAGUUGUCAGGACAGAGAAGCUUGCUGGCCGCCAUAUGUCAACAGGCGAUAUCCCAAGGUUGGCAGCCUCAAUGAAAGCAGACCAGAUGAUGGUUUGAUCGGUGGAGUAUGCGCAGAGUGUCCAGAUGAUUGCAAUCAAUGUGAGCUCUGGGACAAGUGCACAGAGUGCCGGCACUCAACGUACUUGUCACCGGAUGAUCGUUGUAAUGAUACCUGCCCAGAGACUCACUACCCCCACAACCCCAAGGAGAACGAGACGGAUAGCAGUGUAGGGAGGAUUUGCGUGGCUUGCGAGGGCAACUGCAGCCAUUGCAUCACAAAGACCGAGUGUACCCAGUGCAAGAACGGAGCCCACCUCACGCACAAAGGUGAGUGCAACUUGGAGUGUCCUGACGGCUACUACGAGCAAGCACCAUCUGGAGGGGGUGCUGUUGGAGGCCUCUGCGUGAUAUGCCCUGGUGAUUGCAAUACCUGUGAGAAUGCAGAAGUCUGUACGUCGUGUCGGAACAGAGCCUUGCUCUACAAGAACCAGUGCUUGAAGGAAUGCCCUGCCACGCACUACCCAGAAAUUUCUGGGGACAUCGGAGGUGAAUGCCUAGAGUGCAAGGGGCUUUGCAGCGAAUGCCAGAUGGAUGACAAUUGCACCCAGUGCAAGCCUGAGGGUUUCUUGCAUGGAACCUCCAGAAAGUGGCUUCGCCGAGAAUCCCUCCAGCACGAAGGUUUAAAGAAAACCUGCGCAAAGCAAUGCCCUGUCGGCUUCUACAAGGUGAAGGGCAAGAAGACAAACAAGUACUGGAGCCGGGAGCGUGGCAUUAAUGGACUUUUUGGAGGCACAUGCGAGCCUUGCGGGUCGGACUGUCACGACUGCGUGGAUCUAGAGACUUGUCUGAAGUGUCAGAAAAGCAAGUUCCUGAACACGAAGAGCCAGUGUGUGAGCGGGUGUCCCGAUGGCUUUUGGGGCAAGGGCUCGCAAGCAGUGGGCCGCACCUGCGAAGCGUGUGCAGAAAAUUGCACGACCUGCCUAAGCGAUGAGACGUGCACUGAGUGCAAGAACAGCAAGAUUCUCAGCCCAAGCGGAACUUGCGGCGAUGAUUGCCCUGAUGGCUUUUAUCCGCAUUCCAGUACAGAGGAUGACCCGACAAUCGGAAGCCUUUGCGUGGCAUGCCCAGAGACUUGCACCAAGUGCGUAAAUCCAGAGCACUGCACGGAGUGCAAGUCAGCAACAUACCUAACGGAUGAUCACACUUGUGAUUUGAUCUGCCCGGACGGUUACUAUGGUGAUGGCGCUGACGAUUUGGGAAGGGUUUGCAAGAAAUGCUCCGAUGACUGCAACCGCUGUGCAAGUGGUGACUUGUGCUACGAAUGCAAGAACCACAAGUUCUUGACACCAAGCGAUAAGUGUGAAGCUGAGUGCCCAGAGGGGUACUAUGCUGACAUCUCUUCCGAAACUCCAUCUGUGGCCUUUGCUUACCAUGCCCGAAUGGAUGUGCUGCUUGUGAUGGACCAGACAGCUGCACUGUAUGCAGUGACAACAAAUUCUUAA